UCUUCUGGACUCCUCUGCAGUCAGAGAUGAGCUUGGAGAAAGCAGAGGAGACGAGAGCUUGAGGUUCACCUGGUGAAAAAGGACAACCUGAGACAUCGAGCCAGAUACACCAAUUUGAUCUCGAGAUGGCUGAGGAGGAUCUCCGGGGUUCCAGCACCCCUUUCUCACUCUCCUUUUCGGGCAGUGGCUUUCUCGCCCUGUACCAGGUCGGGGUGGUGCAGUCCCUCCUGGAGCUGGCUCCCGAACUGCUCAAGUCCGCCUGCAAGGUCUACGGGUCGUCCGCUGGCUCGCUCAUCGCUGCCGCCGUGGUGUGCGGCAUCGGCCUGGAUGACCUAAAGGAAUUUUUCUUUGCCAUGGCAAAAGAAGUCAGGAAAACCAUCCUGGGCCCUCUCUCUCCCAAGUGCAGCUUGUUGGCAAAUAUCAAGAAUGUUUUGCAGCGGAUGCUACCAGAGGACUCCUACCAGCUGGCUUCGGGGCGGCUGCACAUCUCGCUCACACGGGUAGUGGAUGGCCAAAACGUCAUGGCCUCUGAGUUCAGCUCGAAGGAGGAGCUCAUUCAGGCUCUCCUCUGCAGCUGCUUUCUUCCUAUCUACUGUGGAUUCAUCCCUCCGUCCUACCGCGGUGUGAUCUUCAACGGCAGCAUUCAGAUCUCGAUAGAAAACCUCUGCAGGAUUAGCUAUGCUCUCUUUCCGCCCAGCACCAUGGUCUUGAAUGACAUUUUCUCCCAAGGGUACCAGGACACUGCCCUUUUCCUGUACAGGAACAAUGCCUUUGGCUUUAACUACUUCGAUGGCAAUUUCCGCUUUGCCAGCAUGUGUGGGAAGAACGACUCUGCACAAUCCAACAGGACGUUCACUGGCCUAUGCAAAAGGGCUGAAGAAGCUGUGGGGGCUGGUGGAAGGUAUCAGCUCCAUGGUAAAACGGUGUCAGAAGCACCUCCAAACCAUGGUGCCUGCUUUGCCUACGAGAGCCGUGGCCAGGAGGUAACCAUCCUGGAUGGGCCCUGGGGGGUCUCCAACACCAUGCGAUUCUGCCGCCCCGGGAAGCGGGACCUGUGCUCCCUGUAA